UGUUCCACCCACACUCAUGAAGACAGCUAAACAUGGAAGCUCUUAUCAAUAGCAACCUGGACAUGUCGGCGUCUAUCGCUGGUAUUUUGAAUGAAAACCCCCGUCCCGAGCACCUGCAGGCUCUGAAAACAUUUACGGCUGCCUUACGGGACAAGGACUUCAGGGAGGCUGUGGAGGAGCAGGUGUUCUCUCAGCUGCUGCAGGUCCUGACCAGGCUCAGUGAUGAGCUGCAGGCUGCCAGAGGACCCGAUGAGGACCUGCAUUCUGUGAACCUGCAACUGCAGCUGGCUGCUGAAUGCUUCAGAGCACAGAGGAACUCCUGUGUUCAGAGCACACGCAAUCAGAGCCUGCUCAGGAAUCUUGGUUUCCUUGAUGUGUCAGUUAAACUUCUGAAUUUCCUUCACACCACAAGUUUGGAAAGCAGAGAUAGCAUAUUUGAAACUCUGCGUUGUGGGGUCCAGUUCCUUGGUAAUUUAGCUGUGGGAAACCAAAUGUGUAAAGAUGACAUUUGGCAGCUGAGCUUUCCAGAUCUUCUCCUGCACCUGCUCAGUGUGGAUGAUGAGAAGACAGUGAACUACACCUCUAUGGUUUUCCACACAUGUCUGGAUGAAGCCAAGGUGGAAGAGCUUUCUGAGUCAGAGAACAUUCAGCUGGCUCUCAGAGUGAUGGAGCUCUGCAGAACUCAGCCUGACCUGGAUUGGACGGUUCUCAUUGCAACUCAACAUUUCCUCAAAUCUUCAGCUCUGGUGGAGAACAUGUACUCAAGGAUGUCUCACCAUGAAAGGGUUACAUUGCUAGAGCUGCUCUUUGCUCAACUGAGAGAGGAAGACCCAGAGGAGUGUGGCAUUCCACCCAGUGUGGCUCGUUUUCUGGCAAAUUGCUUCAAAAACGGUUGUGGAGCUGUGCUUACGCUUGCCACUGGUUCUACGUCCAGUGAAGAGGUCCUGCAGGAGGCACUGACAGUGAUCAGUCUGCUGGAUGUUUUGUGUGAGAUGACCUCAGAUCACAGGCAGUUCAUGUUCCUACAGGACCACCCCGAUCUUCUAGUAUCCACCGUUGAGCUCCUUCAGCAGGUGCACGCCGUAGGGAAGGCCAGUAAGAAUAUUUUCAGCACUGCUCAGAACUUCUCCUCCUUAAGUGGCGAUGGAGACUCUUCCUCACAUUCCCCUGUUAUCAGCUUCAAGGCCCACCUCGUCCGGCUGAUAGGAAACCUCUGUUACAGUAACACUAACAACCAGAACAAGGUGAGAGAAGUGGAAGGCAUUCCUCUCAUCUUGGACAACUGCAACAUAGACAGCAACAACCCAUUCAUCAGCCAGUGGUCCAUCUUUGCCAUCAGGAACCUGCUGGAAAACAACCAGCAGAACCAGCAGCUGGUGGCUGAGCUGGAACGCCGUGGCCCCGCUGACUACUCUGCUCUCAGAGAACUGGGUUUCCUGGUGGAGGAACGAGACGGAAGCUUGCUGCUCAAAACUGUGAGGAAAGACUCAUAGAUGCCUCGGAGAUGCAGCCAGGAGAAAGUGAGAUCCUCAACCCACUAGCAGGUUUUCAAGUGAAGUUAUUGUUGAGAAGGGAAUAAAUUACAUGUGCGCCUUCUUGUGUGAACAUGUACUCUAAUGUUAACAAGUGCAUACAGUAUUAAGCUUCAUCUGCAGGUAAAUGUCUCUUCCUCUAUCAAACAGGAAACAAAAUGGCCGCUACAUCACAGAUAUAGUAAACUAAGUAACACUUUUUAAAUAAGAUGUAUCCGUAGAAGAGUUAAUCCUUUUCAACUAUUGCAAUGUAACCUAUGCUGCUCAGAUAGACCUAUCGGAAUACUUGACUCACAAAAGCCAAAAAAGUACAGACAAACUCAUGCUGGUAACAUUUGGCAAGUGUAGUGCUUUGUGGUUUAAUCCCAAAAACAAAGAGCACCACAGUAUCUUGGCCUUUCCCUUUGAAAUGCUACCAACAGAGGUUGGUAGUUUAAUUCCAGGCCUGUAGUGACUUCUGCAGCAGCCGUGAAACAGAGAAUGACCAAAAGAAGAACAUGAUGUAAUCAAACCUCCUUACCACCUUACCUUAUUAAACUGCGCUGCCUUUGCCAGAGGAACAAAGGCUUAUUUUCCUCUUCCAAAAUGCUUAAAAUAUCCUCCGAUCUUAAGUGACAUAGUAAUAGUCAGUAGUCGUAUUAUAAUCUAAGGGCCAAAGUGCAGAAUGCAAUAACUAGCAAACUAUGCAUGUAAUGCACAGUCAUUUAAACAACGCUCAGUACAAAGUGUGAGGUAAUCACUGUGUCUCUGCUUGCUUUUGCAACGCCGUUAGUAUUGAGGUCUACUAAUGAUAAUCUCCGGCAGGCUGUACACUGAGAGGUGUAAUGCUGCGGUUAUUCAAAUAAUGAGUUUUAUACUCAACUUAUUGAAUCUUAUCCUUCAUCUUCAUCACUUUCAAUCCUCUAUCUCUAUCCUGCUUUGAUCCUGUAGGUAAAUAAGGUGUGAGCGCUGAUGGCAUGCAUCAUCAAUCACUAACCGUCUUUAAACUCGGUUCACUGAGUUUAUGAUUUACCUCUUUGACUGCCUCUCUUCUCUUUUGAGCAUGCUUUAUUUAUAUUUUCUAGAGUGCAAAGACUUUUGUACUAUAUAGUGUUUACCAUACUUCCUCUUUAGCUGUAGCUUUGUGUGUGUGUGUGUGUGUGCGCGUGUGCGUGCUGCUUAAGUGACUGUGGGUCAUUAAUCGAUAGAUGAGAGUAUACUAAAAGUCUGCAUCCGUAGAGUGAGUGCAUGAAUUAAUGAGUGAGUGAGUGAGUAGUGAACCAGAGCAGAAGCAUUACUUUGCAGAAUGACAUCCCUCUCUGCUCCUGCUAUCGCUGGAUAAGCUGAAUAAUCCUGACACCUCAACAAUGCCGUGCUUUUCAGUCCUGUCCACACCCUGCUCCACCCUGUUUGCUCUGCCUCUGAUUUUUAAUGACAAAAUGUAUUGAAACAAUCGACUCGACUCUCCCCUCAAUCCGCCGGCAUAGUGGAGGGAGCUUAUGUGGUUCCGGUCCCUAGGAUUUCAGGCGGCUAACAAAACAGCUGUUACUCGCGCUCGACUGGCCGGCUGCAAUGCUUUUCAGCCCCACAGGAAAGAGGCUGUGUGAGUCAGUCGUGCUGAAUGAGGUGGCAUGACCACGGUCGUCUGUUCACCUCCCUAACACAUUAGCACCACAGCAGUGGAGAUUAUAAAUUCUUGUUUCCCACAUCAGCGUUUUAUUCUGUAGGCUUCUUUUAGUUGUUGUCUUUGUGCCUUCUGGUUUGAUAAAUUACCUUUAAAGCAAAAAUACUUCUUCAGGGUAAAAAAAGAAAAGAAAAAAUAAGUCAUUUUCAAGUUUCAGUCAAAUGAUAUGUUUAUUUAAUGCCUAAUAAAGAAUUGUGUGUGACAAA